AUGCUACUAACCAUAGCUUUCAUGUCCAUGUUUUCCCCAGCAGGAUUAGCCCAGUUUGUACCUCUCCCUCCCCUGCCUCUCCUGCCUCCUCUGCCUCCCCUGCCUCCCCUGCCACCAGGUGUUGGUGCUAACCCACAAUGCUGGUCAUCACUUGCAUCUAUACAAGGCUGCGUCGUCGACAUCUUCAAAUCAUUCUCCAGUGGCAAAAUUGGAUCUAUUGGCCCUGCCUGUUGUGAUGCCAUCACACACAUUCAAGCUGAUUGUUGGCCUAAGUUGUUCCCAUCAGACCCUGUCUUCCCAAAAGGGCUCAAGACCUUUUGUGCUGCACCUCCCCCGCUCCGACCGAGCAUCGCCAAGGAGUUGGAGUCAGAGCUAUUGAAAGAUGUGAAAGAAAUCAAACAAUGUUGGUCGUCUAUUACAAGCAUAGAUGGUUGUGUUGCAGAGAUUUUUAAGUCAUUCACGAGUGGAAAAAUAGGGGAGUUUGGUUCUGCUUGUUGCAAGGCAAUUAGUGGAAUCAAUGACAACUGCUGGUCUCAGAUUUUCCCUAUCGAUCCAUUCUUUCCUCCAUUGAUAAAGAGCAAGUGUGGUACAAAUUCAGGAGUAGCAGCACCACGCCAGUGA